AUGUCUCUCGAAGCUCAUGUUGAUCCCGAGUUAUUGGUCAAAAAGUUGAUCAUGGAAAAUAACAUCAAAAAAAAUCAAAAAAUAUCUGCCCAAUUUCACCAGGCUUAUAGUGUUAAAAAUCUUAAAUUAGUCAAUUCAUUAGAAAAUCCAACUAGUUUUACUGCUUCUAAAACUGAAAUGCCUGAAAAAGGUUUGCAUCCCAAGAUCACUUACCAGUUAAUUCAUGAUGAUUUGGACUUGGAUGGUAAUCCAACUUUGAAUUUAGCCAGUUUUGUUAAUACUUAUGUUCCAGAUGAAGCUAAAAAAUUGAUCAAAGAAAACAUCACCAAGAAUUUUGCUGAUAAUGAUGAGUAUCCAAUUUCAAUGGAUAUCCAUAAAAGAUGUAUUUCAAUUUUAUCUUCAUUAUGGCAUGCCCCUGAUUCUCUGGAAAGUGCUGUCAUUGGUUCAGCUACAACCGGUUCCUCAGAAGCUAUCAUGUUAGGUGGUUUGGCACUUAAGAAAAGAUGGCAAAAACAAAUGAAAGCUGCUGGAAAAAGCACUGUUAAUCCAAACAUUCUCAUGGGUGCAAAUGCUCAAGUCGCCUUGGAAAAAUUUGCCAGAUAUUUUGAUGUUGAAGCAAGAAUUAUCCCCGUUUCUUCAGAAAGUGAACAUUUAAUGGAUAUAAGUAAAAUAGAACAAAAUGUUGAUGAGAAUACUAUUGGUAUUUUUGUGAUUUUAGGUUCAACCUACACUGGAGGUUAUGAAAAUGUUUAUGAAAUCUCUAGAAUUUUGGAUAGAAUUGAAUUGGAAAGGGGUAUAAAUGUUCCAAUUCAUGUUGAUGGUGCUUCUGGUGCUAUGAUUUCCCCAUUUGUAUAUCCAAACUUGAUUUGGGAUUUCAAAAUUCCAAGAGUUUAUUCAAUCAACACUUCUGGUCACAAAUUUGGCUUAACAUCUGCCGGUCUAGGUUGGAUUGUUUGGAGAGCUAAAGAAUAUUUACCAAAGGAAUUAAUCUUUCAAUUAAGAUAUCUUGGUGGAUUAGAAGAAAGUUUUACCCUUAAUUUCUCAAGAACUGGUUAUCAGGUUAUCCAUCAAUAUUUCAAUUUCUUAUGCUAUGGAAAAGAGGGCUAUAAGAAGAUAUUCAAUAAUUGUUUGUCAAAUGCAAGAUUAUUGUCCAAAUUUUUAGAAGAAUCCGGUUACUUUGAAUGUGUUUCUAGUAUUCACAGGCCAAGAGGCAUUUGCCAUUUGAUUGAUCAUGGUGAUAAAUCUGUUGACGACAACCUAACAUUAGAUGAUGAUAAUGAAAAAUUCAACCCAGGUUUACCUGUUGUUGCCUUCAAAUUUUCCAAACAGUUUGAAGAAAAAUACCCGGAAAUUCCUCAAUCCAUGGUUUCCACAUUAUUGAGAAAUAGAGGUUUUAUUGUUCCAAACUACCCAUUGCCAAAGAAUGAGCAAUCCACCGAAGUUUUGAGAAUUGUUGUGAGAUACAACUUGAACUUGGAAUUGCUAGACAAGUUGAUGAGUGAUAUAAUUCAAAUCACAGAGGUGUUGAUCAAAUCAGCAGAAAUUGUCAAGAAGAGCACCAGAGAGUCAGGAAAUAACAACACUGAACUCAUUUAUGAUAUGCUAUUGUCGGUUUCAAGUGGUGGUUUUCACGAUAAAAUGAGAGUCAAGCCCAAGUUAUAA